AAACAAUAGACCAAUACUACUGAACUCGGUAGGGUUUAUAGCUUAGGUUUAGAUCAAGUCGUGUCACAGAAAAACUAAGAAGCAAGCGGCAAAUAAGACUAAGAAGCAAGCGGCAAAUAGCAUCAUCCCGAUCAAACAUGAAAACUACUGCAAUUUCCAGAAGCGGUUCGCGAAUUCGCAAUCUAUGUCGCUUCUUCUCCUCUUCGUCGUCGAAUGCUUUGAACCAAUGGAUUUUAACCAACAACCGUUCUCGUCUCUUUCAUAGCGUUCCUGAUGCUCAUUGCCGUCCCCGAACCCUCCUUCCACUUUCGCCUCGGGACGUUCGUUUGGGCCAGUCAGAAGCCGGGGCUGGUCACUAUUUUUGCAGGCUUAGGAUGCUGUGCACUACUGCUUCUUCAGCUAAUCAAUCAAAUAGCGGAUCCUCCAAAGAUAGUUCCGGGAAAGGAGAAGGUUCUGGUGGGUCGCAGAAGACUGCUGAGCAAGGAAAAUCUGUCAGAGGCAGCCCAGUUUCAUGGAUGAGCUUCUUGCUGCUUCUGGGAACUGGAGCAGGUUUGGUUUACUACUAUGACAGGGAAAAGAAGCGGCAUAUUGAAGGUAGAUUACUAUGGAAUCAACAGUGCUUCUAAUGCUGUGAAACAAGGUCCGUCUGCUGGAAAAGCAGCCAUUGGUGGCCCAUUUAACCUCAUUGAUCAUAAUGGAAAACCUGUCACUGAAAAGGAUUUUUUGGGAAAAUGGACCAUGCUAUAUUUUGGAUUCACGCAUUGUCCAGAUAUUUGCCCAGAUGAGCUACAAAAGCUUGCUGCUGCAAUUGAUAAAAUAAAAGAAAAGUCAGGACUUAAUGUAGUGCCGGUUUUUAUCUCUGUUGAUCCUGAGAGGGAUACCGUUGAGCAAGUACACGAAUAUAUCAAAGAAUUCCAUCCUAGUUUAAUAGGGCUCACUGGUAAUCCGGAGGAGAUAAAAAAAGCAGCACGUGCUUAUCGAGUUUACUACAUGAAGACAGAGGAGGAAGGCUCAGAUUAUCUUGUUGAUCAUUCAAUAGUCAUGUACCUUAUGGAUCCUAAAAUGGAGUUUGUGAAGUUCUUUGGGAAGAACAAUGAUGUUGACACCCUUGCUGAUGGUGUAAUCAAGGAGAUAAAGCAGUACAAAAAAGUAAAAGCAUGAUAGUGUAUUUUUGAUUGCAUUUCAUUUUCCUUAUCAAGGUAAUGAAGAAAAUUUUAAUUCAAGACCGAACAACGUUUUAUACUUUUAUUGCUGAGCAUUCAAGUGUAUUUGGACACUGAAAUUGCAGCAGCAUGAUAACUGAUUAGCAUAGAUGUUACACUAUUGUCAUCUUUUUGAAUCUACAAUAUCUAAAAAAAACUAUGUAUGUAUAUAAAAUAGGUUUAAAUACGUUUUUAGUCUAAAUAUGACACAAUUUGUUUUAAGUUCCUGCA